UGGGUUUGGGAGGCAGACACCAUCUCCACAUCUAAGAGUAGGCUUAAGACUGACUGUCCUCUUUGAUUAAGCUUAUAGUUAGGGCUGGCUUGGGUGAGUCCUGAACUGGCACAAGCUGCUCCUCUGACAUCACCUGACUACACAAAACCCUUCCAUCUUGACGUUUCUGAAAAAGCUGGAGUAGUUAAUGCUGUGCUUUUCCAGAAAAAGGAGGGAGAAAGAAGAGUACCACAGCUCCAAACUGGAUAAUAUGGAAACAGGGCAAGCAGGAUGUACAAGGUACUUGGCAGCAUUGGCAAAAGCAAUCACAAAAACAGCCACAUAGUAAUGUGCCACGAACUGAAAGUGAACACUGAUCAUGGAGUAGUGGCAUUUUUGGGAUCAAGUGCAUUCACCUUCUCCACAGCAAGAAAAACGAAAAUUUCAGACAUUCUGCUACAACCACAUGUCCUAUACCACACUGAAGGUGUGAACAUGGCAAGUGGACUGGCCACCGACAAUAGCCAAGCGCAUAACUGUGCGGAAAGAGCUGAGAAAGAUGUAAGACUCAGAGCGGAUCUGGAAACAGAACCUCUACAAAAAGUGGUGGUCCUGUUCACAGAUGGAUGCUGCUACAGAAGAGACAGUGGAAAUGUGGCCUCCUAUGCUGUAGUAAAACAGGAUCCACACACAAAGACGCAUCUCACAAUAGACCAAGGUCUCAUACCACAACCAGCCUCAGCACAGCUGGCUGAAAUAGUGGCCUUAACAAGAGCCCUGGAGUUUUCUGAAGGAAAAAGAGUGAACAUCUACACAGACUCAGCCUAUGGACAUGGAGCUGUACAUGUGGAUGGACCGCAGUGGGUCAGAAGGAACUUCCUGACUACAGCCAACACUCCAGUAAAGCACCGAGCACAGCUAGAAAAACUGGUAAGAGCAGUACUACUGCCUGCAGCUGUGGCCGAGAUGAAAUACAAAGGACACCAAAAACUAGACACCAGCAUAACAGAAGGAAAUUAUGCUGCAGACUUAGCGGCCAAGAAGGCGGGAGGAUACACACCCAGACAGGUGUCUGUCACCAUUGAACAACUACCAGAACUAACAGAGAAAGACAUCAUUGAUAUGCAAGAACAAGCAGGAGUAUACGAGCAAAGUGAAUGGCAUCGGAAAGGAGCAACAAAGAAGGAAGGCCUGUGGAGAGCUCAUGAUGGAAGAAUAGUGGCUCCAGCCAAACUUUGUCAGCUACUACUCAAACAAGCACACAGACCGGCUCAUGAGAACAAGAAGAAAACACAGAAGAACAACGAAGGAGGCUGGUUGCAUCCCCACAUAACAGCAACAGUGGAAAACUAUGUGACAGACUGCUACACUUGCAAAUGGACACAACCCUAAGCAGGCAUACAAGUGCCCAAUGGGAAGGUUUCCAGUACCAGAAGCACCAUUCCAAGACAUCAAGAUCGACUUCACCGAUAUGGAUGUGGAAAACAGAACAAAAGGCUACCAUUACUUGCUGGUGAUGGUGGACAGAUUCACCAAGUGGGUAGCGGCAAUACCAAGCAAGAAAGAGUCAGCAGAUGCAGCAGUAAAAUGGUUGAAAAAUGAGCUAAUACAGAGCUGUCAUUCCUAUUAUUAGUGAGAGA